AAAAAAAAGGAAUCAAUGUGCGUGCAGGAGGACAGCGGGAGCAGAUGGUAUUUGAUUUCUGUGAGCAUUCAAUUCAAAGUCUGGAGACACAUAAUUUGUCACAUUUUAUCGAUUAUUAAAGGGGCGAGAAUGGCUACAACGACAACAGAGAAGAUGAUGACGAGAUCGCGACGUUGUUGAUAUUCAGAUUUGACAUAUGGGGAGGCCAACGGCAGCUACCGCCAAGCAGCAUAAAACCGCUGCCGCCAAGAAAUUGGUGUUGCCCUCCAUAGUAGGCCUACUGGGUUUUGCUCUAAUCGCAGAUCUACUUUGGGCCGCCUCUUCUCCUUCUCCUGCCUCCUCCUCCACGCCCUUCGUCGUCAUCUCCCAUUCUCCCUUCCCCAAUCACACCCAUUCCGCACCCGCUACCUUCAAGGACAAGGACGCUGCCGACAAACAUGUAAAGACCAAUCAGAGGUUACUAUCAGCUACCUUUUCUGAUUUGCCAGCUCCCCUCUUGGAAUGGGAGAAGAUGGCCCCUGCCCCCGUCCCUCGUCUUGACGGUGCUGCCAUUCAGAUCGGCCAUCUCCUUUAUGUCUUUGCCGGAUACGGAACCAUUGAUUAUGUGCAUUCUCAUGUGGACAUUUAUAACUUUACCGACAAUACAUGGGGAGGAAGGUUUGAUAUGCCUAAAGAGAUGGCCCAUUCACAUUUGGGUAUGGUUACAGAUGGGAGGUAUGUUUUUGUAGUUACUGGGCAAUAUGGCCCUCAGUGUAGAGGGCCCACUGCACGAACAUUUGUGCUUGACACACAGACGAAGCAGUGGAGCAACAUGCCUCCUCUUCCUCUCCCUAGGUAUGCACCUGCAACUCAACUCUGGAGGGGAAGACUUCAUGUGAUGGGUGGCAGCAAAGAGAAUCGUCAUGCACCUGGAUUAGAGCAUUGGAGUAUUGCGGUAAAAGAUGGCAAAGCUUUAGAGAAGGAGUGGCGGACUGAGGUUCCCAUACCCCGUGGUGGACCUCACAGGGCUUGUGUCGUGGUUGAUGAUCGAUUGUACGUCAUAGGUGGUCAAGAGGGUGAUUUUAUGGCAAAGCCUGGGUCUCCUAUUUUUAAGUGCUCUCGCAGGAAUGAGGUUGUCUAUGGUGAUGUUUACAUGCUGGAUGAUGAUAUGAACUGGAAGGUCUUACCGCCUAUGCCAAAGCCUGAUUCACACAUAGAGUUUGCUUGGAAAAUUGUGAAUAAUUCAAUCAUUAUUGUUGGAGGCACAACAGAGAAGCACCCUGAAACAAAGAAGAUGACGCUUGUUGGAGAAGUAUUCCAGUUUCAGUUAGAUACACUGAAAUGGUCAGUCGUGGGAAAGCUUCCUUAUCGAGUGAAAACUACUCUUGUUGGCUUUUGGAAUGGAUGGUUGUACUUCACGUCUGGACAACGAGACAGGGGACCUGAUGAUCCAGCACCAAGGAAGGUCAUUGGGGAAAUGUGGAGAACUAAGUUACACUUAUGAGUUAUUUUUUGCCAGUUAUUUUAAUGUAUUCAGCAUAUCUGCAUUUUUUCUUUUUGGUACGUUUAGAAGGUAGGUUAUAGUGAUAAUGAUUUGUUUACAUCGUCUGGAGGAAAUGGAGAAGGGGUUGGGAAUUGUGGGAGGGAUUAGUUCCAUUUUUUGAUUACUUUUGUAUCUUUGCUGGUAUGAGAUGGAUAUGUAGGGUUGAUGGUUCUUCCAGAGGGGCACACACAAUCAUGACUUGGUUUUGCCAAGAUUCAUGAACUUGUAUGCAGUGCUCCCUAGAAGAUGUCAACUGAAUGUUGUAUAAUACUGGAACUUUUGAUUGUCAAAGUUCA